AUGCCUGGUUGUGCCCAACCCGGGGCCGGCAGCAAGGAUUCCUUGCGGGAAGGAUGCCGGAAGCUCCGGCUCAGGCAUCAAAGGCUCCCUAAAUUUGGGCUUUUUGGGGGCACAUUUGACUUCUCCCUGUGCACGGGGCACAUUUUCCUGGGCUUUUCCAAGUGCGGCCGCUACGUCCUGUCCUACACGAGCAGCAGCGGCGACGACGACUUCUCCUUCUACAUCUACCACCUCUACUGGUGGGAGUUCAACGUGCACAGCAAGCUGCGGCUGGACGUGGCAGGGGUCCCUGUCCCCUGUCCUCACAGUGUCCCCAUGUCCCUGUGUGGCUUCCUGAUCCACACCGAGUCCCAGGUGUCCCUGUGCCCUCAUGGCGCCGCGCGGCCGCACUGUCUCCGGCACGGCUUCCUGCUCCACACCAAGUACCAGGUCGUCUACCCGUUCCCGACGUUCCAGCCUGCGUUCCAGCUCAAGAAGGACCACGUGGUGCUGCUCAACACCAGCUACUCGCUCGUGGCCUGCGCCGUGGCCGUGCGCGCCGCCGGGACACUGCCCCCCAUCGCGCCGUGUCCUCGGUGUCCCCUCAACGUCCCUUCCCUCUCGCAGGGCCAGUUCCUGACGGUGGAGCAGCUGACGCUGGAUUUCGAGUACGUCAUCAACGAGGUGAUCCGGCACGACGCCGCCUGGGCCCGCCAGUUCUGCUCCUUCAGCGACUACGACAUCGUCAUCCUCGAGGUGUGUCCCGAGACCAACCAGGUCAUCAUCAACAUCGGGCUGCUGCUGCUGGCCUUCCCCUCGCCCGACGAAGAGGGGCAGCUCUGCUGA